AAAAAAUAAAAAAAAUAAAAUAACGCUUACCAUGUCAAGCAGUGGUGCUUCCAAAGAUCCAACCCGUGCUUCACCAACGGGUUCAACAUUCACGCAUGAAGAAGGAGGCAUACCUAUUCAAUUACGCUCCAAACCAAACCCACUGCAAAAGGAUAUCAUGUCUAAAAUUAUUCAAGGCUUUGAACGCUGUCAUGAUAUUCUUAUAAAAUCAAAAGGAUCUGGAAAGUUUUUAGCUGUGCUUGUUGCUUCUUUAGCUUGGAGACAAUCCAAAGUAGAAAACCUCAGCAUGGAGGAGGGAUCGAUGCCCGAAUUCAACGACGACGACCUGUCAUGGAUGGGUAAAGAUAAAGCGAUUUUCAAAAACUUAUUGAAUGGAGGGAAAUUUGACAAGGCCUUUGCCUUGUACAACACCAAAAAGACAGCGUAUGUCGAAAAGAGAAAAACCGUCAAACGAAAUACAUGGCAACCCGUGGACGCGGAUAGUAUACCCAAAAUUUAUAUUGCUUGUCCAACAUAUGACCGCAUAGCUGAACUUGUGAGAGAAUUGGAUCAGAACAUAGUGUAUCGUCCUACUAUAUCUGUCAUAGGAGGUCGAAAGCAAAAAUGUGUGUUGGACACAUUUCACAGCCUUAGUGCAGAUGAACCCAGUCAACCACAAAGCGAUAAAAAACGAUGUGGAAAUAGGGAUCGAGUCGCAGGGCCAGAACAUGAUUUAUGCCCGUAUUUUUCAUCAAAAGUACCAAUUAAAAAUGCAGAAGUCAUCUUUUGUCCUCAUCCUUAUUUAUUCAAUACAGUCAUGCGCAAAACCAUGGGGAUUCAACUCCAAAAUUCCAUUGUGAUUAUGGACGAUACAGAGGCGGCUGAAACAGCAGCCAAAGAUGCAAUUUCCAUCGAGGUGGGAGAUACCGAAUUAGCUCGUAUCCGGGAAGAAUUCGAAUUAGCCAUUAAAAAGAAACGUUUACCACAGCCCAAUGCUGUACUACUGACUUUUUUGGAUAUUAUUGAAACAUGGAUGAAAAGUCUGGAGCCAGAAUUUAAGCAGGAUACAAGUGGUAUGGCGGUUCAGCGGUUUGCUGGGGAAGACAUGCUUGAUAAGUUUGUGGAAAUGAAAUUGACACAGUACAAAUGGGACAACAUCUUCAAACCCGCCAUCGAAGAAAUCCUGGGUCAUUUUGAAUUCGAACCUGUGGACGAUGGUCUUGAUACGAGCACGCAUAAAACUAAAUUUGUCAGUGACAAAAGUUUACGUACUCUACAAUCCAUGUUGGUUUCAUUUGAUUAUAUUUUCGAUGAUGACGAGAGAUACACCGACGGUUUUACCUUGGCUCUUUUAAAAAAAACAUUACCUGAUCUCAAGUUCUGCUUGUGGUGCACAGACGCAAAGUUUAUGUUGACAGAAACUGCAAAUCGCGCUCAUUCCUAUGUCACGGUCAAGACAGAUCAGAAUAAGGAAAUUAGGGUUAUCGAAAAUAACAACAAAGUCCUUACCAAUACACGUCGAUCCAUUACACCUGAACAAGAAGCGCCUCCUGCACCCGUUGGAGCUAGUAGCAGCAUAAAUGCUUCGAGUGCUCAGCCGAACGUUACACAUAAGGCCAAUGGUGUGUCUGUUAAUACGCCUACACAACCAGUAGAAACUAACGAGCACUCAACAUCAGCUACACCUACUGAACAGCCGAUAAAAAAACCAAGUAGUGAUAAUACGCCACCUGUACCAGCGACAGAAACCGCAUCACCUUUUGACACAAUCAUGACUGAGCAGCCAGAGAUUACAACAAGGAUUGAGCAGCCAGAGAUCACGACAAGGACUGAGUUGCCAGAGAUCACGACAAGGACUGAGUUGCCAGAGAUCACGACAAGGACUGAAACAGAAGACACGAUCAUGACCGAACAACCAACUACAAGUGCAUCAUCACUGCCACCAACCUCUCCUAUGGAUACAUCGGAAGAUAACACGACCCAUGCGCCCGAACCUGCAACCACAAAGACAGAACCACCUGUGCAACCAGCAAAGAAAUCUCCCGAGGUUUACGAUUUAACAGAUUUACCUGACUCUCCUGAAUUACCUCCACAACCUCACCCUCCUAAUUAUGGCCAAUUUAUUCCAGGUCAACCACCACCAUUCAAUGGGCCUCCAUAUCCACCCGCACCACCUGGAGGAGUAGCUCAAUAUCCUGGGCAACCGCCGUACAUGCCUCAAGGACCAUACCAACCCAUGCCGCAAUUCAUGCCUGCCGGUCCUUACCAAGGACCUCCGAUACAGCCAUACCCGCCUCAUCAUCAGCAGCAACAGCAGCAGUUUAGACCUCCUCAGGGUAUGCCUUAUAAUGGACCCCUUCCACCACAACAAUACCAUGGUCCUCCCAUGGGCAAUUACAAUGGACCUCCAAUUCAGCCAUAUAAUGGACCUUUACCUCAAUAUCAACGACCACCACCGCAACCAUUAAUAUCGAAUUAUAAUGGACCUCUUCCACCGUUACCGCAACAAGCGCUGAGACCACCACCACCAACACCAGCCCAGACACAAGCAGCAGCAAAUAUCAUGAACCCCAACUUCCAAAUAGCAACACCUAAUAACUUUAGAAAUAUUGUAACUAGACCAACGACACAGGCACCUAUGCCUUCCACGAGCACGAAUUUACCGUUAGGAUCGAAACAGGCUGGCAAAUUACCAAUGCGCGCUCAACCCGGUAAAGUGGCUGCACAAUCAUCCAAAGCAACUGUACAGCCUCCCAAAGCAGCCGUACAAGCUAAUAAAAUCACUGCUCAGUCUAGUAAAGCAAGCGCUCAACCACAGCCUGUGUCGACAAAACCAAAUGCGUCAGUAGCAUCGUCUUCAAAAGCACCCGUGAAUGGAGCAUCGGUACCGCGUUAUAUUAAAAACCCAUUUACGAUACAAUCGGCUCCACCGCGUACUACAGAAAAAACACAAGCGUCUGGUAGCAGCAAUGGUAGUAGUAGUAGUAGUAGCGCUUCGAUCAUAUCAUCUGAGGCUUACAAUCCAGCCACGAUACCACCACGUACUUUAGAAUUUAAUGGCAAAGCAACUGCUGAUAAUAUCGUUCCAAAAAAAUUACGCAAACCAACUACAGCGUUAUUACCCACUGCGGUGGAUACAUAUGCCGAUUUCAAGGAGGCCGUACCUAUUAAACCGGAACCUGAUGCAUCUGACAGCGAUCUUCCACCUUUACAAAAUGUCAAGACAGAAGGUGAACUGCGACCCGUGAAACUAGAAAGGCCAGAAAACGAGCAUUUCAGAAUGGCCGGUUCAAGCUGUGAUAAACCCAGUACAUCUAAAUUUGUAGUGUAUCGUAUACCCCGCAAGAAUCUUGUGUUUGAUGCCAAUGGUGUACCGAGUCUUAAACAAGUACCGCAUCAUAUAGCGCAAUCACCUUUUUAUAGCCCAUUCAAAAAUUCAGUGUUACCCAUGGCGCAAGCAACACCUGUCAAACCGUUUUCAGGAGGCAAUGAAUUAUCGAUUGGACAUCAAAUGGAACGGUUUCGAAAGCAUGCGGAAGCAACUGAAGAAGCACGUCGGUUGGAAAAGGAACGUGCCAAGGAAGAAAAGGUGCGUCUCGAGCAAGAUGAAGCGGAAAUGCGAUUGUUUGAGAAACGAAACGAGCAUGAACGCAUGAUACGUUGCCAGGAACAAAAUCGUAACCAUUUGGCAUCUUUUCGAGCCCAACAAGAAGCCCUGAGACAGAGGGAGGCAGAACAAGCAGCGGCGGAUGCAGAGAAAGUGAAAAGGUUGGCAUUGAUGCGACAAGCGCAGGAGAGGUUGAGAUUGGAAACAGAGGCACGCGCCAGGGAGGAUGCAUUACGUAAAGAAAAGGCUAGACGAGAGGCAGUGGCCAAAGAAAAGUUACUCAGAGAAAAGGCGGCCAAGGAAAAAUUGGCUAGAGAAAAGGCAGCCAAGGAGAAAUUGGCUAGAGAAAAGGCGGCUAAGGAGAAAUUGGCUAGAGAAAAGGCGGCUAAAAAGAAGGCAGCAGCAGAUGCAGCAAGAGCAGCGGCAGCGGCAAAAGCAACACCAGCAGCAACAGCAGCUUCAUCCAGCAGCAGCAGCAACAGCAAUGGCGUGGGACCAUCUCAUUCGACAGUGCCAACUACGACUGACAGCUACAUUGAACUGUUACAAUAUUACUGUACCUGUGCUGGUGAUUAUGAACGAGAAAAGUCUAAAUCUUCCACUUCCAACUAUAACGAGAUUCUGAGAUUACAUGCAGAAUUAGUGCGAGUGCAUCCUUUAUUACAAGCGCAUGAACUUGGAAAAUCCUUGGCAGGCAAGUACGUACCCUCACCAUUACCCCCUAAGCCUGCUACCAGUACAACAACAGCUCCACCACAUGCCAAUAGUACUCAUGCGGAACUUUAUAAGUACUAUUGUGAAACGAAUUUGACAUAUGAAAAAGAAAGAGCCAAAAACACGAAUUCGAAUCAAGCAGAAGUAGCCAGGUUGUAUAAUGAAUUGAUGAGAGUGCUUCCUUUACUACGAGUACAUGAACAGGCCCAAGCACAAGCACAAGCCCAAGUACAAGCCCAACCCAGUAAAGGAAAAGCGAAAUCGGCGCGUCCGUUUCCUGUACCUGAUAUUCCAGCAGCUGGACCGUCCUCUCUGCCUGCCACAGCGCCUAAACUAGCGUCAGCGUCACCAGCACGAGCAGCACCUAAACCUGCACCAGCAGCACCUAAACCUGCACCGGCAGCACCUAAACCUGCACCAGCAGCACGAACAGCAGCACCUAAACCAGCGCCCGCAGCCGCACGAGCACCACCUGCAGCACCCGUACGAACUCAACCAGCUUUACCCAGAUAUAAAUCCGAGUUAUCGAUUGCUGGACAAAACCUGUCGUUUUUUUCGAGGGUAAAGGAAGAAAAGAAGGAAGAUGAGAGAGGAUCAGCUUCAUCUUCUUCGUCGUCGUCAUCGCGUGUACCAAAGAGAGAACACGAUGAUAAUGUGGUGGAAUUUAUUGAAACUGCCAGUGGGUUAGUGUUACCCAAGAGAUACAAGAAGAAGUAAAUUAUAAAUGUAAAUUAGUUUUAAAUAUCACCCCCCCCCCCCUUUUGUACAAUUG